AACUGACCUAAAACCAGCAAAAUUAAGCCAUGAAAUUAAAAACCCAGUUUUCUUUUGCUUUAUGCCUCUCAUUUUUCCUUGUUCUCGUCCCAUAUAACACUCAAGCUCAGCCAUUUGCAUGCGACAAAAAUGAUCCUAAUACGAGCAAGUUCCCCUUUUGUGACACAACCUUAUCUUACCAGGACCGAACCAAGGACCUUGUUUCACGCCUCACACUCCAAGAAAAGGUUCAACAGUUGGUGAACACAGCCUCCGGCAUUCCCCGGCUCGGGGUGCCAGCUUACCAGUGGUGGUCGGAGGCCCUCCACGGCGUGUCGGACCUCGGUCCAGGCACUCGGUUUAACGCCACGGUGCCCGGUGCGACUAGUUUCCCCGCUGUGAUUUUAUCCGCCGCGAGUUUCAACGAGAUGUUGUGGCUCGAGAUGGGGCGAGUUGUCUCGACCGAGGCUCGAGCCAUGUACAAUGUCGGUCUAGCCGGGCUGACAUAUUGGAGCCCUAAUGUUAAUGUGUUCCGCGACCCAAGAUGGGGUCGUGGACAAGAAACGCCGGGGGAGGACCCUACGGUGGUCUCGAAAUAUGCUGUGAAUUACGUGCGGGGAUUGCAAGAAGUUGGCUCCGUGGGGGACAAGCUUAAGGUUUCAAGUUGUUGUAAGCAUUACACUGCUUAUGAUGUGGACAACUGGAAAGGCGUGGACCGGUUCCAUUUUGAUGCAAAGGUUACGAAGCAGGACUUGGAAGAUACGUAUCAGCCACCAUUUAAGAGCUGUGUAGUGGAAGGACAUGUGAGCAGUGUAAUGUGCUCAUACAAUAGGGUGAAUGGCAUCCCUACUUGUGCUGAUCCAGACCUUCUCAAAGGCAUAGUUAGAGGCCAAUGGGGACUUGAUGGAUACAUUGUUUCAGACUGUGACUCAAUUGAGGUUUAUUAUAAUGCCAUCCAUUACACUGCAACACCUGAAGAUGCAGUGGCCCUUGCUUUGAAAGCAGGUUUAAACAUGAAUUGUGGGGAUUAUUUGGGGAAAUACACGGUGAAUGCAGUCAAUUUGAAGAAAGUAGAAGAAUCUGUUGUUGAUCAGGCUUUAAUAUAUAACUAUAUAGUUCUAAUGAGGCUCGGUUUCUUCGAUGGAAACCCAAAACAGCUUCUGUUCGGUAACCUCGGUCCAUCCGAUGUAUGCACAGAUGAUCACCAGAAGCUGGCCCUCGAUGCUGCCAAGCAAGGAAUAGUUUUACUCGACAACGACGGAGUCCUUCCUCUGUCUCGAACCAUCAUAAAGAGUUUAGCCGUUAUCGGACCGAACGCUAAUGCCACGAAGGUUAUGAUAAGUAACUACGCCGGUGUACCUUGCCAGUAUACUACCCCUUUACAAGGGCUGCAAAAGUAUGUCUCAAUGGUUACACAUGAGGCAGGGUGUAGGGAUGUGAAAUGCAAUAAUGAUACAUUUAUCGAUCUCGCGGUUCAGGCAGCGGCGAACACCGAUGCUGUGGUGCUCGUUGUGGGGCUAGAUCAAUCGAUCGAGGCCGAAGGGCUCGAUAGAGUGAACUUGACAUUGCCAGGAUAUCAAGAGAAGUUAGUGACUGAUGUUGCUAAUGCAGCAAAUGGAAAAGUGGUCCUUGUAGUUAUGGCUGCUGGUCCUAUUGAUAUAACAUUUGCAAGGAACAUGCGAAAAAUCGGAGCCAUUUUAUGGGUAGGGUAUCCGGGUCAAGCAGGAGGAGACGCCAUUGCUCAGGUCAUAUUUGGAGACCAUAAUCCAGCUGGGAGGUCACCAUUCACAUGGUACCCCCAAGAGUAUGCCAAUAAAGUCCCGAUGACCGACAUGAACAUGCGAGCCAACGCCACCACAAACUUCCCUGGACGAACCUAUCGAUUCUACACCGGCAAAACCCUUUACGAAUUCGGACACGGGCUAAGUUACACAUCAUUCUCCAAAUUCAUAAUAUCAGCUCCUUCCACAGUACUAAUCAACUCAACACCAAACAACAUCCUCCUCGAACCAUACUCCAACAACGGCGAAGCAAUCGACGCAUCAAGCGUUUCAAACUGCGACGACCUGCAAUUCAACCUCAUGAUCGGAGUUAAAAACAAUGGACCAAUGGACGGAGAUCACGUGGUUCUCCUCUUUUGGAAGCCACCGAGCACGAAAGGGGUCACCGGUGCACCGAACAUGCAGUUGAUCGGGUUCGAGAGGGUUGGAGUUAAGAAAGGGAAGACCAAGAAUGUGACAGUGAGCUUAAAUGUGUGCAAAGACCUGAGCUUAGUGGAUGUUGAAGGGAAGAGGAAACUGGUGAUAGGACAACAUACCAUUUUUGUAGGCACAACCAGUGAGCACCAAGUGAGGCACCAUUUUGUUGUGAGGCAAGCAGGGGAUGAAAGUGGGGAACCUUUAGUCUCUAUUACUUAAUGGCAGGCAAAGCUUAUAAUAGCCUGCAUUUUAGUACUGUAUUAGAAUAAAUUAUGGUGCGUUGGGGAGUAAAAGAAUACUAAGGGACCAGUAACUGAGCUAAUAUCAUCAGGGAUAUUGAUAUUAGCUUUGUUUUUAGUAGAUAUAAGAGUUGGUGUCCUCGUGUUAUGUUUAUCAUAAUUAAAAUAUUUUAUAUUUAUAUA